GUUUCCACUGUGAAUACUCAAUACCACAGAUACUUACACUGCUGGUCUCACAAGUGUUGCAUGUGCUUGACACUCAGUGCAGGGGUACUGCUAGGUAGAUGAGAUCAGUAGCAAUGGGCAUUGCUAGGACUGGUGGCAUGUUCUUGGCAGUUACCAUGGCAGAGCACACAUUUGUUGGCCUCAAUUGAAGAACCCCUUUGGGUAGUAGAUGGAUAAUAUUUGGAGUACGCUUUUGGGACUUGUACACGUAUUUGAAGAUUAUGUAUUCAGGAUUACCAAGAUAUUUCUUCAGCAAAAAUCUUCCAAUGGAAAACCUUCAUUCGGCAUGUAUUUCUAGAAAAUGGCUAGCUUUUCUUCUGUGUUUGUUUCAAUAUUGUUGGAGGGUUGGAAGGGAUGUAUUUCAUACAUAAUACCUGUACCUGAAAUGUAAUCAGAUACAUAAUUCAUAUUGGCAGAAUGUCUCCGCCUCCACUGUGCAUGAUGCAGCUGGUAAUUGGUAGAGGCCACAGGUGAGACAUACCUCUCUGCAAUUAGUUUUUUCCAGUUGUCACAAAGAGCAGAGACUCACACACACGACAUACAGUACAGUGAACGCCACAUUGGGUAUAUAUAUAUAUAUAUAUAUAUAUAUAUAUACAUCUAUUUGCACUGUGCUGCACAGAUCAACAUCUCUGCGGAGGCUUCUUUAGGAUUUAGACCUCAGAUUGGUCUGGAAAAAGAUGACGUAUCAAAAUAUGCAUUUUUUUAAAGCCUUUUUCCUGGUUUGCAUCGCUCUGUCUGCUACAACUACUGGUCAAACAACUGUAGACCCACCCACUACUGGUGCAACAACUGCAGCCACAACCACUGCUGCUGGAGCAACAGUUGCACUCACAACCACUGCUGGGGCAACAGCUGCAGCCACAACCACUGCUGUGGGGACAACAGCUGCAGCCACAACCACUGCUGUGGGGGCAACAGCUGCAGCCACAACCACUGCUGUGGGGGCAACAGCUGCAGCCACAACCACUGCUGUGGGGGCAACAGCUGCAGUCACAACCACUGCUGUGGGGGCAACAGCUGCAGUCACAACUGCUGUGGGGGCAACAGCUGCAGCCACAACCACAGCUGUGGGGGCAACAGCUGCAACUACAAACUCAACAGCUGGGACAGCAGUGACCUCAGCUACCAAUCCAGCAGGUCUGAUGUACUGCAAGACCUUUGCCUGUACAGGGUAUAACUGUUACAUGAAUUACACAAAUCAAAAUGCAACCAUGUGCGCUACAAAUUACUCCUACUGCAUGCUCAACCGCACAGACAGCAGCUACAAUGCUGGCUGCAGUCAGACCUGUACUGGAACAGCCAACAUGUGUAGCAAUGCCUCCUCAUCCCAGUGUAUAAUGGAAUGCUGUGCCACCUCCCUCUGUCUUAGACUGAAUGGAACAAUUCAGGGGAUCCCCUCCACUGCAGGGACUACAUCUCCACCACCUAACAUGACAACUACAACUGUUGCUGUCGCAAACAAUGGAAAGAGCUGUCAGUCCUUCACAUGUGACGGAGACUCGUGCUACAAAGGAAAAAACGAUGCGAAAUUCUGUCAGACUGGGAUGAACUACUGUGAGCUGAAAAAGAAGGUCUCUGGCGUCACCACAACCUGGACUGCAGGCUGCAGCAGCACCUGUCAAGCCACAGCCAGCGGCUGCACCUCCACCGCCACGGAUUGCCUCCAAGAGUGCUGCGAUGCCUCUGCUACAGUCUGUCUCAAACUCGAUGGCACUGUGAACAUCAAAGGUGCCGCGGAUACGCUCAGCACGGUACCACUGAUGAACCUGCUAACCGUUGCUUUUCUCGUUUUCAUUUCCAGCAGUCUCCAGCUCCACUAACGCUGUUUUAGAUGCACACCAGUCCAUGUCCUAUUUAUUUAUUUUGCAAGCAAUAAUGUGACUAAGAAAAAGAUGUAUAGGGCAUUUUUUCUGGAGUUUCUAAAGUAGUUUCUAUUGCUUUUAAAUGUAAUAUAUUAAUUACAUAUGUAAAUAUAAAUGAUACUUUCUCUGCCUGCAUCUUACUGUGAUACAAGCUAUAGACGUCUAUGUACAAUGGCAUCCAGAAAAUGCUUCAAAUGUUUUUACUUAUACGUGUUUAAUGACUUAGCAAAAAAUACAUUCUUAUGGUACCGCCUUAUGCAUUAUUAUUUGUUACAUUAUCAUAUUUAAUUGACAAUUGCCUUUUUCAAAUACUGUUGUCUUGUAAUGCAAUUGUGAAAUAAAAUGAAGUGAACUAUUUUAAAGAGAGUAUAAUUAUUAAAUAAUAAAACUUUUAUUUAAUAUUGGUAUGUGGUGACUUAUUUAAGUGUCUGAUGAGAUGUUCACAGCCUUUUGCAAAUCCAGUUUGUUUAAAAAAAAACAAAAGUGAAAUCAAAUUGUUCCAUGAAUGGUAAACUAAUCCCAUUCUUGCAUGUGUGUGGGCAGGGUUCCAUUCUACCUUAGUGUGAAUACAUGAGUUUGAUAAUGAAAACUAGGGGGAAAAAAACAUGUUUACUACUUGCAAUGAGCUGUGAAUAUUGAAUCCCCUGAGUGUU